UCGCCUCCCGGCUCCGCUCCUUCCCUUCCUCCCUUCCUUCCUUCCCUCCCUUCCUCCCCUUUCCCUUCCCUUCCCGUCCCUUCCCCGGCGCCCAUUUCGGCGCGGCCGGGCACCCGGAGUGUCUGCGGGCCGCCGGCUGCUCCGCGCCGCUUGGCUCCUUCCCCCAGUAACAGCUCCCACAUUCCGCCCCGAUCCCUCCUCAAUCUCAAUCACACACACACACAUAUUACUUUUUUUUUUUCUCCCCUCCUUCCUCGGGACUUAAUCUCCAGCCCCCCCUCGCCCUCCCCACCCUCCCCUCCCCCGGCCCCUGGCUCGGAUAUAAUUGAAUAUCACAGCGCUACGCGCUGGGUAUUUUUUUUCCUUCCUCCUCCUGUGUGUGUGUGUGUGGUGGUUUUGUUGUUUUUGGGUUUGGUUUUUUUUUUUUUCCCCCCUCUCCUGGUAUUUUUUUUCUCUUCCUCCUCUCGGUGUGGACACCUUAAAAAUACAUAUAUAUAGAUAUUUAUAUAUAUAUAUUAUCGACACCUAUACGCGUGUACACACACACACACACACACACACACGCAGGGAUGUGCGCGUAUAAUAUACACGCGGCGGUAUAAAACACACGGGAGGAGGAGAGACAAUCCAGGGUGAAUUCCUCGUGCCUCCAUUCCCUGUGAAAGGGGGGAGCAGCCGCUCGCAAGCAUCACCCUUCUGUGGCAAGAGGCGCCUGAAAGGAAAACUUCUGCAUAUCAAUGCACUGCCAAUGGUGGUGUAAUACCAAGGGCUGUACUGCUGCCACAUCACAAUUUUGUGGGGUUUCAGAGAGUAGUUCUGGGUUGUGUCCUUUGUUGUGACCUCAUGGUUUAACUGGGAAUAAAGAUGAGUAUAAGCAGUGAUGAGGUUAACUUCCUGGUAUAUAGAUACUUGCAAGAGUCAGGGUUUUCCCAUUCAGCAUUUACCUUUGGUAUAGAGAGCCAUAUCAGCCAGUCUAAUAUAAAUGGUGCUCUGGUGCCACCAGCUGCUUUGAUUUCCAUCAUCCAGAAAGGUCUACAAUAUGUAGAGGCAGAAGUCAGUAUUAAUGAGGAUGGUACCUUGUUUGAUGGUAGGCCGAUAGAGUCUCUCUCACUGAUAGAUGCAGUGAUGCCUGAUGUGGUACAGACAAGACAACAGGCCUACAGAGAUAAACUUGCACAACAACAGGCAGCAGCUGCUGCAGCUGCAGCUGCCACCAACCAACAGGGAUCAGCAAAAAAUGGAGAGAAUACUGCAAAUGGGGAAGAGAACGGAGCACAUACUAUAGCAAAUAAUCACACAGACAUGAUGGAAGUAGACGGAGAUGUUGAAAUCCCUCCCAACAAGGCAGUGGUGCUGCGUGGCCAUGAAUCUGAAGUAUUCAUCUGUGCCUGGAAUCCCGUUAGUGACCUUUUGGCCUCAGGAUCUGGAGAUUCGACAGCACGGAUAUGGAACCUCAGUGAGAACAGCACGAGCGGCUCGACGCAGCUGGUACUUCGGCACUGCAUCCGGGAAGGAGGGCAGGAUGUACCCAGCAACAAAGAUGUGACAUCACUGGACUGGAACAGUGAAGGUACACUUCUAGCAACUGGGUCUUACGAUGGCUUUGCCAGGAUAUGGACUAAAGAUGGUAAUCUUGCCAGCACCUUAGGGCAACAUAAAGGUCCUAUAUUUGCGUUAAAAUGGAACAAGAAAGGAAACUUCAUUUUAAGUGCAGGAGUGGACAAGACCACAAUUAUUUGGGAUGCCCACACUGGCGAAGCCAAGCAGCAGUUUCCUUUUCAUUCUGCACCAGCAUUAGAUGUUGAUUGGCAGAGUAACAACACAUUUGCCUCUUGCAGUACAGACAUGUGUAUUCACGUUUGUAAACUAGGACAAGAUAGGCCCAUCAAAACCUUCCAGGGUCACACAAAUGAAGUAAAUGCAAUCAAAUGGGAUCCAACUGGUAAUCUCCUGGCAUCCUGCUCUGAUGACAUGACUCUAAAGAUCUGGAGUAUGAAACAAGACAGUUGUGUCCAUGAUUUACAAGCACACAACAAAGAAAUUUAUACUAUCAAAUGGAGUCCUACAGGACCAGGAACAAAUAAUCCAAAUGCCAAUCUUAUGUUAGCAAGUGCAUCCUUUGACUCUACUGUUAGGUUAUGGGAUGUAGACAGAGGAAUUUGUAUUCAUACUCUGACAAAACAUCAAGAACCUGUGUACAGUGUAGCUUUCAGUCCUGAUGGCAGGUAUCUGGCCAGUGGCUCCUUUGAUAAAUGUGUACACAUCUGGAAUACACAGACAGGUGCCCUAGUUCACAGUUAUCGGGGAACAGGAGGGAUUUUCGAGGUUUGCUGGAAUGCAGCAGGAGACAAAGUUGGAGCAAGUGCUUCAGAUGGUUCAGUUUGUGUAUUAGACCUACGGAAAUAGCGCUACUAGUUGGAAGCCAUGGACCGACUAUGAAUGUGUACAUAGCCAAAAUGACUGUCCCUGACCCAUGUACUGCUAUAGUCCCAAUCGAACCAUGGCCAGUCCACUACAGCCAAAUGUAAAAGAAAUAUAUACAUAUACUGUAUAUAUAAAAAAAAAAAAAAAAAAAAAAAAGGAAAAAAAAAGAGGAAAAAAAAAAUUACACCCUGAAGAGGAUGACAGAGUUUUGUCACAGCUUGUGAAUCCUGUUCACCAAGUGCUGGAAUCUGCUGUGCCCCAAAAUAACAUUUAAAGGUUUUGGAUAUGAAAAACAGAAGAGAGAGCGAGAGAGAGAGAGAAAUAUACCAUAUACAAGAGCAGACCCAUAUACAUACCAAAUUCAGAAGAUACUAAUGGCAGCCUUCAUUACCCCUUCCCCCAUUAAAUCCAUUCUCACAUGGAUUGUGGGAUAUUUUUGUUUUCCUUCUCAGUAGUUGAACAGUUUUGUGUGUACAGAGAAAAUGGACUUACAGAAAUCUGCAGCAGUAGGUUUUUUUCUUUGCUUUUAAACAUUGGGUUUUCUGUUUUGUUUUGGUUAAGUUUACGGAUGCAUGAAGUAAGGGAGUGAAUUAGUUUCUUGUUUAUGUUUUUUUCACCUUGGAAAAAAAAAAGUGCGUUUCUUUGAAACGUGUUUUGAUGCGUUCUUUGAAGAGGUAGUUUGAACCUGAUAAUGUUUGGUACAUUUUGUGGCUCCCAGAGCGCAAUUUUGUGAACAGAGGGAGGGUGGAAAAGGGAUUAUGAAGAGAGAAGAAAAAAAACCCAUCCUUCUUCAAGGCGUGGUAUUUCACGUCCUGCUCAUCUACAAAGUAUGACAGUAAUGGGUAUAAGGUUAUGUUUGAUUUUUCUGGUGACAUGGCUGAAAUGCAGUAGUUUCUUAUUUGGGACAUAAUUCUGCCAAUCUUAAGACCAGAAGGGCAUAAAAACGCAGGAAAAAAAUACAGGGAUGCAAAAAAAAAGAAAAAAAAAAAGUAAAAAAAGAAGACAAAAAAAGAGGAAAAAAAGUGCAUCUUCUGUUGCUUUAAGACCAUAGCUAAAAUAUGGUUAAAUUGUGCACUAUUGUGAAAAGGAGCAAAGUAUAGCUGGGGGAUUUUGUUUAAGAGGUUAAGAUCUUUCUGGACAAGGGUUCAUGCCACAGCUUCUUUAAGAGUUGCCCAUCAUUAUUUGUAGGAGCUUAGAUGUAUAACUGUAACCAAACUCCAGUAUUAAAAGUAUUUCAUGUAAUUUUUCUUUAUUAAAAAUAAAAUCUUUGGCAUAUAUUUGAUAACACUGCCAUUAAGAGGCAAAAUGUUUACUACCUUAGAUUGAAAAAAAAUCUGAAACAGAGGACUUGCUUCAAGUUUAUUUUAAUAGCAGUGAUUCAGCUUAUUUAAAAGAUGAAUACUUGCACUAAUUGCCCUGCUGCUCCAGUCCUGCAGUUCAUUGUAUCUUGUGACUACAUUUUUUUCCAAAUAUAGGGUAGAUGUAAGCUGCUAUUUUUUUAAUAAUCACUACUAUAUAGUGUCUUUUACUCUGUUUACAAUAUCAAGUAUUUUUCUUACAAUGACAGAUGUAUAUGGCAAACCUUUUUCUGCUCAUGUGAUUAAAAGUAUAUUGAUAGUGAUUUUAUUUGUAAAUGAUAGCAUGAGGUUGUGUUUACGCGUAUGUGUAGUCAAAAAGGUUGCAUCAUGUCUUGCAUAAGAUUCCAAGAGUGUAAAUUUAUAAAAAGAGAGGUUGUCAAAUUUAUGUCACAGACAUUUUACUUAAGGAAUGGUUUAUAUUACAGAGCUUUGCAAAGUUAUCAGUUUUAUAACACUAUUUCAAUCACAAUUAAUUUUGUGGCUUAUGAUUGUUAGUCUCUAACCUAUUUUUUUAUUCAUUUCGGGGUUUUUCCCCCUCUCCAAGUUAGGUAUAAAUUCAUUUAAUUGAGAUAAUGCAGCUUUGACAUUUUAACCAUUGUUCUUUAGGCAUCGAUUUCUGCUAUUUCCAUGAAAUAAACACGACUUGAAGCAAGUCUGAGUUUGGCUAAGGUAGGGUAGCAAUUUGCCAGUGGUAAAGACAAGUCAACAGUACAUUCUUUAUAUAUACCCCAGGAUUAUGCUACUGUCAUACACAGCGUUUAAAACCAACACAAAGUCAUAUCCAUAAAGACAGUUAUCUGCGGUGGUUCGGUGCCAGCUAUUUUUAGGGUUUUGGAGCAUAUUGCAAAUGUUUAGAGCAAUUACCCUGUGAGUUACAAUAUGUAGGAAACCUAAUAUAUUGAGUGUCUGGCACUUGAAAUAUUGCUUUUAUUGCUGGAGGUCCAUGACUGUGGCUGACCUCUGUCAUUUAAUGAAAAAAAAAAUAAAAAUAAAAAAAAAAUUCUGUGCAAUAAUUUUAAACUGUGCUCCCAGGAAUAGACACAAAUGUUUUGAGUAUGUUUAAGCUGCAUUUUUCGUUUAGCAAUGCAUUUGUCAAUUGCACUGAAUUUAAAUCUGAAAGUCAGAAGUGAUUCUUGAUAGUACUUUUGUAUUUUAAUAUGGACAGUUUAUUCAUUUUCAUAAAAGUUACUGGGACGAUUCUUUCAGCCAAUCUAAACAAUUGUGGUGGAAUUCUGUGACAUAGCUGCAAAAUCACACAGCCACGUUUUAGGGAAUUGCCAUUUUCCUCUUUCUCAAUCAUCAGCUGUUUUGGUUGUAAUUCUAGUUGCUUAAGCAUAGCGUCACACACUCAGAAAUAGAUAAAAACCAGAGCUCCAGUGUCACCAGGCCAGGGUUGCCAGGGGCUCAAGGCACAGCCCAGCAGGAACGUCAGAUCCGUUGGCUGGAGCGCUCUGGAUGCGCGGGCUGAGCCCCCAGCCUGGUGUGGGUCAGCAGUGUCCCACUGCCUGGAGUGAGGCCAGUUUCCAGUAGGGAAGGAUCCGUAGCUGUUUGUUGUUGUUGUCCUGCCAUGCCACAGUGCUGCUCCUGCUCCUGCCGCCUCUCGCCUCGCGCUCCAUACGCCGGUCACCGCACGUGUGCAAGGUGUGCUGGGUUCUGUGAUCACAUGAACCAAAAAAGGCAACAAAAAAAGAGAGAACUACGACAUGAAUUACUAUCUUUUAUAGCACAAAGGCCUCGUAUUCAAUAGUGAGGUGGACCAUCCAAAUUGUUCCUUUAAAUUGAGGAUGCCAAGUGGCAGCAAGACCCUGACUUUGUGCGGCAUGUACGCACAUGCUUAGUCUUACAGAUGGAGUCAUUCCUAUUUUUUCCAGUUCAACACAAUAAUGGGAAAGUAUCCAAAUAGAGGAUAAAAGGAAGGGGAAAAACUGGGCUCAGAAUUAAUGAUGGGAUAAGAAAUGAACUGCUGUCGAGUUCACUGUCUUUCUACACGUCAAUCUGAGAAUCCCGUUUCUCAUUUCUGCAUGAUCAGAUCCAGGUUUCUGUAGAGUUCCUCUUUUCCUAUUUUUACUUUAACUUUUUCUGCAUUUUUAAAUUGAUGUAAAGAUUCCCAACCAGUGGACUUCUUAGUGUAGUUAAGAGAAUAUCUAGGUCCUCAUAAAAGCUUUUUUAGACUCUUUGUAAUGUUGAUAAACUGAGUUUAUUCUGGGACUACCAUUGUGCAGGGUUAUUUACCGUGUCUACUAGAUGAUUGGAAAUCUUAUAUGAAACACUAAAAGUGCCUCUUUUUCUGGGUUGGGUGGAGGGGAGGUAGUAGUUACCAGAGUCAGAAUGACAUGGCAUUUCGAAGCAUGUUUCUUGAUUUCGUGACACUUUAAUGCAUCUUGAGAGAAAGGCCAAAGAUUUCUACCAAUUUUAAUUGAUUUUCAUUUUUAAAAAGCACUCCUUUUUCCUUACACUGCUUACCUCAUGCUAGGGUGUUUGAUGGGACUUUGUACCUUUGAAAUGUUUUUUUGUGUUUAGGAAGAAUAGUGGUUGGCAUAGGGUGGUCGUGCCAGUUUGCCUUCGGAGCAGCCUCAGCAGCUGAUGUGUUUGGUUCCACUGAAGGGAAGGGGUUUCAUCGCGAUUGCAAACUGGGGGUUCCAGCCUGUAAAUAAAAGGUUGUCUGUUUUUGUCUGUUUAGCAAAGAGGAGCCUUGGGACCCGGUUUUUCCAAUCUUUGCCUAACCAGAAAUCCCAUUGUCUUUCACUUCAUGAGAAAAACCUUGGCCAGAGCGAGCGUUGGAGGCGUUGGGGCCGUGUUGAACCGCCCAGCGUUGCGUGUAGGUAAAACGAGCCACAUCCCCCUCGACCCGAGGGUCCCCUCGGCUGCCGUGGGGUUUUGCCAGAACUGGAUUUAAGCCCAGUGUUCCUUUUUGGCUGAAAAGCCUGAUAGCUUCUCCCUUCAAAAAGCCCUCUAGAGCUGUUCCCCGGGGGGAUCUCUCCAGACGUCUUGAAGAAAGCAGAAGCAACAUUGUGGCAUGUUAGAAGUAAAUAUGGCUUCGGGAGACAGCAGUAAAUCUCCAUCAAGAUCCCUGACAUUUUCCGUAGGGAGAAAGCCAUGGAGCAGUCCUCACUUCUCCCUCUAGAGAAAGCUCUGAAAUACCACGAUCUGUGAAAGUGUGACUGUCUUCACUGUCAGUCUGGUGGGAGGCAGAUGAACCAGGAAAAUCUGCCGUUUCGAGCGGAUCGCAGAUUUAGUGUUAAUAGUGCUUCAGAUCAGUAGUUUUGAGUACAUAAUUCGCUUUCUCUGCCUUUAAGUUUGAAGCUUGACAAUAACUUGAGGCAUGUUUUUGUUUUUGUUUUGUUUUUUUUAAAAUAAUCAUUCAUUUUUACUUCAUAAUGUUUUUUGACAUUUGUGGAUAAAUACAAGAAAACAGUCUGCAUGUUGUUGCUAGUCCAGUGUACUUUGCAAUCUUGUCCUCAACAGACUGCAGUGUGCAGAACAGUAAUUCUAGAAUACAGAAGUAAUUUUCUCUCUCUCCUGACAUUGACAUUGUAGUUGUAAUGGUUUCAUUUGGAGUUACAAAUCCUUUGGGUCUAAUUCUGUGAGCCUACCUAUAGCACUGGAUUAAAAUGUCUGCAUCAUUUCUUCAGUUAUCCAGUUAAAUUACAACUGUUGUAAAAGUGUAAACCAGCCCAUGACAGUUUUUUGUACUUGUUUAAAGGACUUUUAUUGUUCAGUUUUCAUGAUUAUUGUCUAAAGAAGACUGAUAUAGAUGUUCUAUACUGUCCUGGACCAUGUUAAUUACACUUUAUGAUGUAUUUUGGUUCUACAUCACAAUGAUUUGUCCCCAAGGCCCUUAUAUCCCUUCUAGGCACAUUUUCUGUUGCAGUUUCCCUUUGCAUUGUAUUGCUUUGACAACUGUAAUUUGAAUCAGAAUUGAAAGAGGUCCAGAAUAAAAUAUAUUUUGAUAUUA